CCUAUUUAGAAAAGCGUUAAUUCUCCCGAAAAACAAGGACGUAAUAGCCAAAGACCCCUUAACAAAUAUAAAGUAGCUUAUUCCGCAAGAAACUUGACGCUCUUCUCCAUUAACCUCUCUCUAGUCUCUGAAACUGCAACACGUUCUUGAUCUGGAGAUUGUUCCAAGUGUUAGAGUUUUCUCCUUCCUCUCUCGUGAUUCCUCUAACUCUCUCUCUCUCUCUCUCUGAUGGCGGACAAGAAAGAUUUAGACCCAAAUCCUCAUCUCGAAGAUCCAUUAAAGAGGAUAGCAAUAGCGCACGAGUCGGAGUCUGAGCCCGAGUUCAAGAGACAGAAACUCGAAGAGUGGAAGAUUGAUCACGAAACUCACGUCUCUGUUGCUGAAAAGAUUGAUAACUCUGAAAAUAAUGCAACUCCGAGUCUAAACUCUGUUGUUGGAAAACGGAUCCGUGCAACAAGAUCGCCUGAUGAAGAUGAUCUCCCAAGUAACAAGAAAACGAAACUCGACCAACCCCAUGAACAGGCUUGCGAAGAUGUUCUCAACGCCUUUAACGCAGAGUCUCCAACACUAUCCAGCUCAAGGGCUUUGAUUAUGAAAGACCUGCUUAACGAAUGCAACGGCCCCCACAAAGCUCCCAUCAGUGCCAAGAUUGAUGAUAAAGUCAAAACUGAUCUUCCACCGUUCAUCAAAACUUUUAACACCUUAAAGAGGUUUUAUCCUGCCGGCUGCAGGUUUCGUCCAUCAGAUGAUAUGAUGGCAAACUAUUAUCUGAAGAACAAAGUUCUAGGACAGCCAAUGAACGCGCGUAUCAUACCUGAAGAAUGUCACCACAUCUUCUCAAUACCUCCUCGUGAUUUGCCUGGCUAUCCAAGAGAAACAGAAUGGCAUUGCUAUUGCAGGAAACCUAACGGCCAAGACACUCAAAGUCUCUGGACACGAGUGGGUGAAGAUACUACUGUGUUUGAUCCACUGGGAAACAGUGUUGGUAUCAAACGUACAUAUGCUCUCACUGAGCAGGAAGAAGAAUCUGAUGACAUUUCUUUGCCUGGCGAGUUAGAACCUCCAAGGCAAGAAUGGUUCAUCGAAGAAAUUAGUCUCCCAUCGUCUGUUGCUGAUACUGACUUGGUUUUGUGCCAUGUCAUUCUCAACAAGAUUGAGAAAGAAGAAGCAUAUGAAGAGGAAGAAGAUGAUGAUGAUGAUGAUGAUGGUGAAGAGGAAGAAUAAAUUGUUGAUUUGUUUCUCCUGACUUCUUAUCUGGAAAACGCUAAAUGAUUAUGCAGUGGUUCUGUUUUUAGGGACUAAGUGAUAUUAUCUUGUUUUUAGAUUGACAUCUCUAUAAUCUAGUGAAAGUGUGAAACGGUAGAUAAUGCUGUGAAGAGAUUUCUACAAUCAUUUUGAGACUUUU